GGGGAAGAAGACACGUCUUGUCGGGUUCUCUUUUCGCAGAAAAAAGCGACGAUUGAUUGUUUCUCUCUCCACAUUUCUUGCAAGUCCUCUCCUUCUCUUCUCUUCUCUUCUCUUCUCAGAUCAUCACCGCUUCAAUUUGACCUUUGCGUGAUUUCGCUUUGACUGAGUCCUUUCUUUAGUUUACCCCUCAUCUGAAAAUCCCGGUUGAUCUUCAGCCUAGAAUUUUCCGAAUUGAGUUAUGGGGAGGUUGUUUGUGGUUCAUCUCGAGGGGAAGGUCUAUAGCUGCAAACACUGCCGUACCCAUCUUGCUCUCUAUGAAGACAUCGUUUCCAAGUCUUUCCACAGCAGACAUGGGAAAGCUUAUCUCUUCAGUAAGGUCGUGAAUGUUUCUGCUGGAGAAAACGAGGACAGACAGAUGCUCACUGGGAUGCAUACUGUGGCUGACAUUUUCUGUGUGGGGUGUGGAUCAAUUGUGGGUUGGAAAUAUGAGACUGCUCAUGAAAAAAGCCAGAAGUACAAGGAAGGAAAAUCUGUACUUGAACGGUACAAGGUGUCAGGUCCUGAUAGCUGCAAUUAUUGGGUCGGCCAUGAAGCACAUGGUGGAAGUGAUGCAGAUGACGCUUAGUCGUCAUCUGCCAUUGACAAUUGAAUUGUACAUUCUUUAAUCCCCUUCCCCUGUUGUUCAACGAAUGUGGAUUUUAUUCGGGCAGUAUUGCAAAAUCUGCUUGUUGCCCUAAAGACAAUUUAUAUACAUUUGAUUGUUAAUUCUGAUGUAAAAAAAAAAAAAAACUAAUGUUAAAACUCCUAAGUUCGAAUCAAUCAUGUUUUUCUUGUUGUA